GACACAGAUCUGGAAUCUAGACUACAUUCUAGAGUGUAUUUCACAAAUCAAAAUGUUUUGUUUAUAGAACUGAAUUAGACAUAGAAUCUAGGUCUAGCCUAGAUGCUAACCAUAGAUCUAUCGUUAUAGAUCUAUAAUAUAGACUAUUGACUAGAUCUACUCUAAUUUUGGGAAAAUGAAAAGAAUAUUUUCCUGUUUGUGUAUGUUAACAACAUGGCUUUUGAGUUCAUCCACUGCAACGUUUUAUACAGAUAAUGAUCUUGGACAGUCUGUUCCCAUGGGAAAGAUUGAGCCUAGACAGCAGGAGAAACUCCAACAGGAACUCUUGGAGUUAAUGGGCUUAUACAGUAAGCCAAAAUCUAAAGCCAUCAAUAAAAGUAUUAAGUCAGCAGCUAAGUUCAUGCAGGACUUGUACAGAAGUCUCAGAGAACUAGAUGGUUCUGACUUUACCACAGAUGAUUCUCAUAUUCAUAUUAAUAGCUCAAUUAAUGCAUCUGUUCUUGGACUAGAUCCUGCUAAAGUCGAAGGCUCUGAUGUUAUUGUCAGUUUUGUAAACAAUGUGAAAAAAGCCCACAUCCGACAUGAAAAGGAUAAGGCAUUCUAUUUUGACUUUAGCGAAGUCUCUGUUGGUGAGCAGUUGAAAGGAGCUGAAUUUCGUCUUUAUAAAGAUGUAGCACCAAUCUUAAAGUCUGGAACCUUCAAUGUCAGCAUAUAUGCCAUCAAACCUGGAGAUGACUGGGAGGAAAAAAUAUUGGAAUAUCAGUCUAGCUUGACAGUGGAUCAUGCUAAAAAUGGUUGGAUUAUUUUGGAUGCAACAAGAAUAGCUGAGCACUGGACUCAUUUUCCACAUCUGAAUAUGGGACUGUAUCUGAAAGUUACAGAUAGUUUUGGCAAAGAGUUUGAGCCCAAAGAUAUAGGAAUAGUUGGUCACAAGGGCCCUGCUGAUAAGCAGCCUUUUCUAGUUGGUUAUAUGUAUAUGAUCAAGGAGGUCCUAUCACGUCGAAUAAGGUCAUUGAGGUCAGCCCGGUGGGCAACCACUAGCAGUGAUGAUGUGACCUUAGCUGACAAUCCAUACACUGAGUAUUCAAGACCAAGUAACACUCGCUAUAGAUCCCACAACAACUGCCAGCGUCAUCCUUUACAGAUUAACUUCAGGGAUAUUGGAUUUGGCAGUGAGUUCCUAAUUGCACCAGAAGGUUACUCAGCAUUUUUCUGUGAUGGAGAUUGUUCUUUCCCUCUGGGAAUUCACAUGAAUGCCACCAACCAUGCCAUUGUUCAGACUCUGGUCCACUUGAUGACUCCAAGUGAGGCGCCUAAGCCCUGCUGUGCUCCAACCAAAUUUGGCCCAAUUACUUUGUUGUACUAUGACGACAGUUCUAGUGUCAUCUUAAAGAGAUUUAAGGAUAUGAUUGUCAAGGCUUGCGGCUGUUUAUAACUCUCACAUCCAUGUUGUUCUUAGAAAAAAACAUUGGGCUGUGAGUUAUUCUGGUUUGGCAGGUGAAAGAUACUCCCCCUCUCCACCCACACAGUCUGCCAUACCAAGCAUCCCAGAAACUAAAAAUAGCUAGAAGAUAAAACACUUCUGCUAUUGAAGAAUAAAAAAUGUGCCUUAUAAUCUUUAUCUCAUACAUAGUAUUGUGUUAGAUGUUUAGUGGAUAGUGUUGGGAAGAGGUUUAAUAUAGUUGAUUCUUGGUGCUUGACAUUGCUAUUAAAUGUCCUUGUUUAGAUCAUGCUAUUUCACUUGUUUGAUUAGAUCACUGUGAAACUCUUUGUUGCCAGUGGUUUAUAAUUUAUUGUAUUCUAUUUAGACUACAAAGUUGUUGACAAUUCUGAGCUAAUUUAUUGUCAUGGUCAGGAUGAUAAGCUAGAAAUGAAUGUUUAAAAUGAGAUACCAAAUAUGGGAACACAUUGGCGUCUUCAAACAGCUGAACAUUGCUGUAUUUGUAAUAGGAGUUUUUAGCAACUGAAAAUAAAAUAAAAUUAACUUGGGACUAGUUUCCAAACAGAAAUCAAGUUUCUUAGUGCCAGUAUUUCUGUUUCAUUGCUAAAUCUUAGUUCUAGUACUUACCAUAUACAAAGGUAUUAUUUUUAAAGCUUAUAAUCUCAGUUAGAUACUAUACACAGAACCGUCCAUUAUUUUUUUACACUCACAGAAUUGUGGCUUGUAAUUGUUCAUCAUUAUAUUAUGUUAAAAAAAACAACAACAUUUUUUAUGAUGCUAAAAACUUUUUACAUUUUGCUAUUCUUUUAUGUAUUUGUAAACCACAAUGAAAGAUUUAAUUUUAAAACUUCUUAUUGGCUAAAUUUAUCUAAGUUGUAUAUUUUUCUGUUGUUGUUAUUUUAAGGCAUUUGAAGUGUACAUACUUACACUUGUAUCCAGCAUUUAGACUUGGUUUUACAUUAGCUGUCUUAGGGUUGUGUAGAUUUACAGAUUUCUGUGCAUUGCUGUUCAUUGUCUAGCAAUAUGAAUAAGUUUGAAUGUUAAGGCUCAUUCAUAAGUCAAGUUUCCCAUUAAAUCUAGAGCAUUAACUUUUUUAUCACUUGUAAUCUCUAAACCAAUGUCAAACAGGCUGUUAUUUUUUAAAUGUUUUUUUUUUUUUUUGAGGCAUUACUUAAUGUGGGUAGGUACCAUGUAGUAUAUACAAGGGUUACGUUUUUUUGUUGUUUUUUUUUCAGAAAAAAACUUGUUUAUUAAGAUAUGAAUUCUAAAUAGUUUUUAGAACAGGAUUAGAAAAAUUGACACAUUUAAUUCAUUGGAUAAAACCUUUAAUAUAGCAGAAUAAAAACAGGAAUAGUUACAAAAUUUAAAAUAAAAAAAUGGGAGUGAAUUGGAAAUUCCUGAGGAGCAAUAUUUUACUUUUUAAUGGAAUGAUGGAACUUUUCUUGACUGACAUCUUUAUGUUAUUGUGGUAAGCUGAUUGACUUAUUGUACUAGAAAUAUAAUCUGCCUAUUUUUUUUUUCAUUGUUUCAAUUCUUACUUAAGGAUAACUGCUGUCAGUAAAAAAAUGUACUAUUACAAAAUUCUUUUACUAUGUCUGACAGUUUCCCCAAAAUGUAAAUCUCCCCAUUUUUUUUUUAUGAGCUCGAAUGGUUAAUGUGAUAAAAUAAAAUGCUUUAAUAUAAAAUUUUUAGUUCAACUUUCUUGAUCAUUUGUAAGACAUUUAUUGAUGUGUAAAGAUAGUGGCUUAAAGUUUGCAGAAGUAACUCUUGGGCAUAUUAUUCUGCAAUUACCUCUGAAGUUUAUUUUUUUUUUUAUAUCUAAACCUUACAAAAUAUUUUCAACUGUUUUAAUUCUCUCCACUCACUUUUUGUGUGUUAUUGUUUGACUCUGAUGAACAGUGGUGAAAGUAUAGACACACACACUAAUUGGUUGUGAUUAAUAUUGCUUUAAUCUAAUUUAUACAUUUUGUUUGGUCCAUUGAUCUGAUUUUUAUUAUAAUAUGACUACAAAUUAUAGAGACAAAAGGGUUUGUGUGAUAAGAUGAUGUACAUUAUUUUGGUCCUCCUUACUUAACAACUUACUUAUUACUUAUUAUAAGUCGUUAAAGAAAAUAAUUUACUUACUUAACAACUUACUUAUUAUAAGUCGUUAAAGAAAAUAAUUUACUUACUUAACAACUUACUUAUUACUUAUUAUAUAAUAAGUCGUUAAAGAAAUAAUUUAGUGAUCUGUCAUAUUUUUGUUUAACUAGUGCAAGAUUCAUCCUAAACAUAUCAUCCUUUUUUUUAAUCAAUGAAAAUUUGAUGUGUUUCAUAAACAAUUAUUUACAUUUAUUUUUUUUUUUUAUUUUUUUUUACACCUGUUGUAUCUCUUUAUUUAUUAGAAAAAACAUACUUUUAAAACAUACUUUUACAAAAUUGUAUGAGACUAUUAUAUUAUAAAUAAAGUGGAGGGAUUUGGUUACGCAAACCUCUACAACAGAAGUCAAGGGUCAGAUGAUUAUGAUGAUGAUUAUAUAUACAUUUACAAAUAUAUGACUAAAUUUUUGUUUCAAACCUCCCUUCCCUUGCCCCACUUGAUAAGGCACUUAAAACAGUUUUUUUACAUAUAUAUUUUUUAUCAGUUCAUUAAUAUUAUAAUUAUGAUUAUCUGUCAUUAUUCCAGCAUUUAGACAAUGUUUGGCUUUUAUUUUAUUUCUGGUUAAUUUAUGAAUGAUGAUAGAUUUAGUGUGUACAGAACACAAAUUAUAAUAUACAAGCUUUCUUCUGUUUAAAAUUAUUUUACAAUGACUCUGUAUGCUACACUAUAUUUAAUUUGAAUACAUUUAAUGUGCUACCCAUUCUGAGUAAUCUUAGCUGUAAUAUGUUUUGAAUAACAUUAUUGUAUAUACAAUUUAAA